CUCAGUUGACUCUCUGACGGGUGAGCGAACAAUUCACAACUGUAUAUACUCCGUGUGUUGUGAGGGUGAUCGAGAUCGGUGCUCAUCCUUCCCGAUCCCUGAGGAGGGCCCCCAUGUUAUCUGAACAAAACAGACACGUGAUUCCACCACGUGUGUAAACUUCACCAGAGAAAUCAAAUAUCAUUGAUUAUGUGUCAUUAUGCCGGCAAUACGGAAAAACACGUUUUUGUGAUUAAUCUCAAUUGUUGUAUUUACUCCGAGCGAUGCUUAUCCUCUGAUGUGGUUCAAGAGCAGUAGAUGAAAAUAUUUUUUUUCACUGCUCCCUCCUUUUCAACUAUAAUCGAUCCUGUGUGUUCCUUGACAUUUAAAUAGCUGCGUAAAUAUCUUAUUUUGGAAUUUCUCUUGUUUAAAUUCAUAGAUAAAAGAUAUCGUCUGCUGUUUCAAACAGAAUAUAUUUAUAAACAAAGAUAUCGUUUGUCGUUCCAAAUUUGAAUAUUUUUAUUUAUUCAGAAUCGUUUUCAAUCUCGACGUUUGAAGUGGAAAAUAUCGAUAAAUUUUUUUUUCUGUUGCUUUUAUUUACAAUUAACUAACUCAGUAAUAUAAAUAAAUUUGUGUGAUAAUUUUGGUUCAUUCUUAUUGCUUAUCAAUGGAAGAAAUAGAAGAUAUGGUUUUUGUGGAGCAGUUGAAUUCAUUUGUGCAUCAGUGGAUCGAACUUGGCAAUAUUUUAGAUAACAUUCCAGACAUUCCAAAUCUACGUUUGAUUCAUAUUUUGCCUCCUGCUUGCAUAGCUAUUGCUCUUACACGAUCUCUAGAAAGUGCAUUCACGAAGCACUUCUUGAAAUAUUGAUGAAAGCAUAACUUAUUAUUAGCUAUUUCUUUUUAUAAUCUUUUUCAUAUUUUAUCACAUAAUUGAAGGAGCUACAAAGGUGCUACCCUGGGAUUUUUACCUUCAUACUGCAAGUUGUGCACAACAUUUACGGAUGAAACGUGAUUUAGUUCAUUGCAGAAGUAUUAGUUUUUCAGGUGCUACCUACUUACUCUGAAACGCAACUAAAUACGAAAUUCAUCAAGUGCAAUUUAUGUAAGUUUAUCAUCUUGCCAACAAUUAACUCACUUUGGAUUAACUGCAAACGCAUUGUUACUGCAAAAAUGCCUCCCGUGGCUUCUAGUUUGACUAUUACUGGCGUGAUCUGGGCAUGCUUGUCCAUGAUUUCUGCCAUCCUGUGUGCUGCUGGAUUUUACAUGCCUUUCUGGAUCAAAGGCAAUCUUGUGGAUGGCACGGACGUUACAUUUGGAUCAUUUCGGAGGUGUAAUUACCCAAGAUUGACUGCCGAGGGUAAACUUGAGAUGGUGCAUGAAUGUGGAAGAUAUACAUCUUUUCCGGAUAUACCUAGCCUUUCUUGGCAAGUGACCACUAUUACUGUUGGAUUAGGUGCUGCAGUAUCCCUGCUUGUGGCAUUUACUGCAUUGUCUGCCUGUUGUUUGGCAGAUGUAAUCACAAAGACUACGGCCAGGAUACUUGGAUUGGUGCAGUUAAUAGCAGCUCUUUUAAUUGCCUCUGGGUGUUGUAUUUACCCUAACGGAUGGUCAAGUCGUGAAGUUCGAGAUGUUUGUGGGCCUGACUCAGAAGCAUAUAAGCUUGGUGACUGUCAUAUAUCUUGGUCUCUUUACUUACUGUGUAUUGGAGUUGGAAUACUACUGGUGUGCGUAGUUCUGUCUCUGAAGGCCUCUAGAGUGAAACCGAACUCUUUCCGCAUUUGACACCACCAGUCCGCGCCCGCCACUUUCCACCAGCAGCAACAGCACCAUCGCCACCAGCAGUUGCGAUUCUUCCGCCGACAUCACCGUCCGCGACAGCAACAGAGCUUUGAGAUGCAGAUUCAGCAUCUGGACGAGGAAGAUAUCGCCACCAUCACUCGCAGCUGACAGAGGGUUCUACCCACUCCCAAUGUUGGGGUGAAGGACACUCGUCGAAAUUUUACUCUUCAAAGGACUAAGAAAAAGGACAAAAAGGAGGACAAAGUAUGGACUGCCUCUUUGUAGCCACCGUUGUCCACCCAUUCAGUUUAGCUGGAAAGAUUUUUUUUACCCCACACACAUUUACCAAUCGUCGGCGUCAGUAUCUAAAAGCAGUUUGACAUUGCAUUUUCCAAUGACUAAUACCGGGUAAUCCCUAACAUUGGUCACAAAAUCUUCCAUUAAUCUUCUAUAAUUCGAAAUUCGAUGUCAGAUUCUAAUAUUCGAUGCAAAAUUUUCAGUUUAUGUCGCAUUAAUAUUUCGGAGCUAAUUUUUUCAUAUGUUGUACCAUAUAAACGAAGAUACCAAAUUUGUAAUUCUUAACCACAUUUCUUAGACGGAAAAGAGUUUGUAACUGGUUUUUAUUUCUUUUCCUAAAAUGGUAUGUUCGGUUUAGAAUUUACAAAUAAAAGUAUCAAUCUGCUCACUGCUUCACCAUGUCUCAACGUUUUCUCUUGUAUUCAAAUUAUCUAACAAGAAAAUACUAGUCCAUUAACUACGAGUCAGAGAUCGGCAUAUGAUUAGUUGGCAGUUUUUUUAAAUUUAUUUUAACAAAAUAUGAAUGGAAUAUCAAUAUUCAUGUUGGUGAACUUAAUUUGAAUUGAUUGAAAAAUCCAUAAAUUAGAAAAUUGCAAAAUUGCUGUUAGUUACAGAAUCAUACCGUUGUCUCUCUAGUCGAUUACAAUGAGCCGCAAAAGUUUGUGUCAAGCAUUGUAUAUUUUUUCUGUAUCAAAGAAUAUUAUACUAAAUUCGCCACCAAUUAAAAAGAAUAUAUCCGCAUUAGAUAGAGUUUAUACAUAUAUUACCAACCGCGUAGCUAACGUUAACAUGUUAUUAAGUUUUAUGCAAUGAAAUUAAACAGUUUAUCUGAAUAAUCUUAAUAACAAAAUUUUAAAAAAUAAGGCAAAUAGAUGUUAAAAAUAGUUUUUUAAGUAAAAUAUAUAAUUUGUUUGUCCCUUAUAUAAGAGGCAUGAAUAGUAUAUUCUAUUUAAAAGACAAAUUAUUUCAUUUGUUUGUCUCUUAAAUAAGAGAAAAGUUUAUCAUAUUCCUCAUUUAAGGGAAAAAAAUCAUAUUGAAAUGAAUUGACUGCCUACAAAUCACUGCUAUAAUCUAAUACUGAACGAAAAAAAAAGAUCUUUCCAGUUUAGUAGAAUGAUUAGCCACUUAUAUUGGCUACCUUUUUUUCAAAAUAAGAGAAAAAAAUCGACCUACCUCUUGAAGGGUAUAAGGCUACAAAUAUACAUCAAACAUUUCCAAAGAAAACUAACUUCUUACUGGUGCAAGGUGGGCGUGUUCAACAUAAUAAAAUGAAUACUGUACUGCCACUGUAGAAUUAGGAAAAAAAAUUGAUUAUUAUUCGAUCGCCAAGAACAAACUUUUUUUACAAAAACUUGUAAUAAGGAUUGUAAACAAAUUCGAAGAAAGUCCAGCUAACAAUUUUGCUAUAUGUCAACUACUUUCGCAUAUUUGAAAAACAAAAAGCGACUAGCUUUGAGAGUUUUUAAAAGAAAGAUUGUAAUAUAAAUAAUACUGUUCAGAAACUAUUUGUAAAUUUUAUUCCAUGUGAUUUUAUAUUUGUAUCAAUUUGCAAUGUUUCGCAUGUUUUUUAAGGCUUGAUAGUAUUGGCUGUUAUGAAAGUUUUAAAAUUUAAUUGUUCUUAUUCUGUUUGAAAUGGAUAUUUUAAACAUUGUACAAGAAACUAUAUCAUUUCCUAUAGUUACAUGAAAUUACCUACAAUGUGAAAAAAUAAAAAAUGAGAUAUAAUUAAUGGUACAUAAUAUACCUCCACAACGAAUAACACUAAGGAACAAAUUUUUUGUUGCAUUUUCACAAAUACUUGAUCUUUUUACUUCGGGUGUUGGGAUUACAAAUCUGAAAUUAGUUUUGUUAUUAAAUCUCCAAUUUUUUUUAAAUUGGGGUCGACAAAUACAACAGGGGGUCGAGUAAAUAUUGCGACAAAUUUUUAGGGGAGUUAAGGGACAUCAUCAGGAUUGAAAUUUCAUUGGAAGCUGUACCCAGAAACAUUUUACUCGGCUGGGGGUACUUCCCCUAUUACGACCUGUUUAAAAGAAGACGAAGAAACAGUUAUUAAUAGAGAAGCGCUCCUAGAGGCGUAUGAUGGCAUUUUUUCUUCUGAUAUAUAACGUUUUCAAACUUGCGCAUUUCAACAAAAAUGGUCUAAAAACGUAGCUCAGAGAAGCAGAUUGCAAAUUUGAUAACAGCGAUACAGAAGUAUCUAAGAUAUGUCAUGCAACAGAAAAAAAAUUGUUCCCUGGUAUAAUCUAUAAAUAUUGCCUUCAAAAAUGCAUUUUUAUUAAUAUGGACAUAUUAGGUAAUGUAUUUUUGGCCCGUAAGAUUAUUGCUCAAAAUCUUUAUACAUUUACACUUUUAGUUUAGUCGUUAAAAUAUUCCAAGCUCAAACAUACUUGCAACUGUCAAUUACCCCCAUAACUCGCUUAAAACUAAAGUUCUGGUAUUACAUUUUAUAAAUAAAAAAAUUACCAAUAGAAAAUCAUUGAAAACAGUUUACUUUAAUUUUAAAAAAUAAUAUCACUUAUAAAAUGAAAUCGCAUUAUUAUUUUUUAUAGAAAAUUGGCCUAGAUGUAUAUGUUUAUUAAAAUGUUAUAAAGCAAAUAAAAUGUUAAAAAAAACUGGCUUUUUGUUUAUAAACAUCUCUUUUAUGCAUUCCUAGCUUGAAUUUCUAGUGAAGUGUUCCUAAACAUUGAAUGUCUUUUAUUAAUUUCUAAAUUGAGAAAUUCGUUUCAGUUAUUCAUUGAAGUGUGCUUUGUAUCUCUUUAAAUUAUAUUUUUAAUGUUAAAUUGUAAAAAAUUGCAUAGGUUUAGAUUAAAAAGAUUCCCUUCUUUAUUUUUAUUCUUUUGCAGGCCAAAAAGAAUUGUAACCAACUUUUUUACGAAAAAAAAAAUGUUUCCUACGAAUUGUCCUACAUUUCACUCCGUUUUAUUACUCAAUUUUUUUUUAAAAUUUUGCUUAAAAAUAUGAAGGGCAAUGCACUGAUAAGCAGUACUUUUUUUAAUCUAACAUGUUUGCGCCAAACGUUCCUUAGUAUUGUUUCCAAAUCGGUGCAUGUUUCCAGAAUUUGAACCAGAUAACAGCAUAACACUCAAAAAUUUCUUAUUAUCCAUAUUGAAAUCGUCUCUCCAAAUAUGCUCAAAUUUGAAAAUGCGGCAUAUUAUUAUAUUGUCUUCACAAAUAAGACAUAUAAUUAUAUUGAUUAAACGGUUAACACUUUUCUUGAUAUUUCCCAACAAUGUCUAAAAGUUUUUCAAGCGUUUUGCAUUGUAUGGAAAAAAAUAACUUACAGAUUUUUUUUCAGUCGAAAAAUUAUUCAAAAAGAAAUGAAACAAUAAAUAUUAUGUUUUUGCAGAACAAGUAAAUUUAUAUUCUAUGUGUAUAUCUUAUAUUAUAUAAGAGUUCGAAUAAUUUACUCCUAAAGAAAUUUCGAUAAAUUUUCGUUACUUAUGCAAUUUAGAAUUUGGAAACUAAAUAAUAACAAAAUUUUAUAACAAAUAAAAUCUUGGAAACUAAAAUGUAUUAUUAUUUUAAAAUAAGUCAUUUAAGUUUGUAAUGAUUUUAUUAGAAUUAAAGGAAUUAUUAGUAUUUGUUAUAUUAUAAAAAAUGCUGCAUACAAUAAAUUUGUCUUUUAAUGAUUUUUAAGAAAAUAAAUGUUUCAUUUUUUAUUGGAAAAACUAUUUGUUUGGAUAUUGUUUUAUAAAUUUAAAACUAUAACCUCCAUUCAAUAAGUAAACAUAAUGGUUUGCAAUUGAAUAUAAUGUUUGUAAAAAGCACAUUUAUAUUAAAAGCUACUUAAUUAAAAAUAAAGGCUGAAAUUUUAAGAGAUAAAAUAGCACUACAUUUUGUUAAGUACUAUCAAUCGGACUAUUAGGAAAUAUAAUCUGAUUAAUUUAUUAUUAAUGAAGAUAAAAUAUAAAUGUAAACAAUGAUAGACGGUUUGCCGAUAAGUUUUAAUAUAUCUGCUAUUUUUUUUUAUUUAAUUUUAUAUCUGCUAUAAAAAGGAAGAAGUUUAAAAGAAAUUGCGUACUUCUAAGAACUAAAAUAUUCUAGUCUCGGUCUAAACUUUUUAAGUUGAAAUAAAAAAAAAUUAUAUAGUAGAUAUAUUUCUGAUUCUUCUAAAUUUACAUUUCUGAUUUGAAAUUAAUUUUCUUCUGAAAGGAAAAACAUGUUUUAAAAUUGCCCUUGCUUGUAUUUUAGGUCAGUCCUAUCAUAAUAUUAUCUUAUUCAGUACUAGCUUUUUUUUUAAAUUUAAAUAUCCUAGCAUGAAAUUAAAAAAAAAAAUUUUUAUAAAAUUUAUAUUACCACUUUCUGUAAGUUUUAAAAUCUUGAUUUAGAUUUUGUCACAUUUAAUUUUUAACAAACAUCUUUAAACAAGUAUCAGUAUUCAAAAUCGAAAAACAUUCGAUAUUGUACUUCAUUGUAAUUAAAAACACAUUAAUACUUUAUCAGUACUGCCUGACAUAAUUUUAAAUACUUUUUGACCGCCUAAAAGUUUUGAAAAAUGAUAAAAGUUGAUUUAAGAAUAGAUAUUUAAAGUUUUUAUCAUUGUAUCAACUACUUUAAAUGAAUUAAGCUGAUAAUGAUCAAACUUAAAUCAUUUUUUUUUUCAUUUUGAGAUACUGAACUUUAAAGUUUUACAAGUGUAUCUUUUCCCACUCUAUUUUAUUCGUGGUGUCCUUCGUUUGGUAGCAGAAAUAGGCUGGAAGUGUAUUAGUUUUCAAAUAAGGUAAGAAUGAUUCGCAUGAACAUGAAAAUCUGAGUAAUUUUUUUUUUAUUUAUUUAAAUUGAGGACUUUGAUAAGUAUUCGUGCAUGGGCUUCAUGUAGAAUGCUAAAAAAAUAUGUUCAUGUAGGCUCAUGCUCAAAUUUAUUCAAUUUAUUCUUUGCAGUUAAAUAGUGUUUUUUUUUAACUUCAGUUUUGUUAAAGUAAAUGGAUCGACUAUUAAAAAAAUUAGUUGUGAAAUACCAUUUUUUAUUAUGGUAAAAGAAUAUAAAUAAAUGUCAUUAAAAGGUCUGGGAUAAUGUAAGUUGGCAACAUUUUCCUAAAAUAAAUUUUUUUUACAUUGAUCCGCUACUUAGUAUUGUCUUCAGAUAGAUUCCGCAAUUCUUCUUGAUUACUACAUGAUUCGCAGAUACAUAUGAUUACCGACAUGAAAAUCGCUGUGUUUUCUCUUAAAACUCUCACUGGAAAAAUUUUAAAAUGUGACUCAUCAUUAUAUUGCCCUAAGCAUAUAAAUCAUACUAUUAUAAUACAUAUUUUUUAGCGAGAUAUUUAAGACACUUUCCUUCUGUUAAG